AUGCGGCCGACGGCCAGCAUCGAUCUUCAUCAAACCGCAGAUCUUAGUGUCGUCAACAUGAGUUCCAUGUUGGAAGGGAUCCAUGAGCGCUUGCUUGUGAAAAGUGUGGACCAGAAUGGUAACAUCCGACCUGUGGGAGUUCUUGAUAAUGAUUCCAUCCGACCAACGCCAACUAGAGACCGGAAGUGGACGCGUCUAACAUACUUCUUCUUCUGGUUCUCUGCCACGGCCAAUGUGAGCAACUUGUACGCCUCAAGCACGGGCGUAUCCAUGGGAUUGACUAUGUGGGAGGCCAUUGCCUGCUCGUUUGCAGGCCAGUUCCUCGCAGGGUGCCUGAUGGCACUCAAUGGGCGUGCUGGUGCUGUGUACCGAAUCCCAUUCCCAGUCUUGUGUCGAUCGAGCUUUGGUCCCUGGGGAGCCUUCUGGCCAACUUUUAAUCGGGCGGCAAUGAGUAUAGUCUGGAACGGCGUCAAUGUUACGCAAGGAGCUCAGUGUCUAUAUGUUUUCCUCCAUGCAAUUUUCCCAUCAAUUGCUCGCAUCCCCGAUAAGAUGGGACCAAAGUCAGCCUUGUCCUCUGCCCAGAUGAUAUGCUUUCUCGUUUACUGGCUUAUCAACUGCGCAUUCCUCGUGGUUCCUGUGCCGAAGAUGAAGAAGCUAAUCUACAUCAAAGUAGUCGUCUAUUAUGGCGGUGCUUUCGCAAUGUUAGCCUGGGUAGUACGCCAGGCUGGAGGUAACCCUCCCGCCCUGCACGAACCUUCGGCCAUCCAUGGAAGGGCCAAGAGCUGGCUUAUAUGCAAGUUUCUGUUCCUCGGACUGGCCAGCUGCGGGACCUUCAUUUCCAAUGCCGCGGACCUUCAGCGAUACGCAAGAAAGCCUAACGACGUAAUCCUAGCACAGCUCAUCAGCUUUCCGCUCUCUGGGUUACUAGUGGCCGUCAUCGGUAAUAUCAUUGCUGGGUGUAGCAGAAGUAUAUUUGGGGAGCUGAUAUGGAAUCCCUUGACCUUUUUGGACAAACUGAUGGAGGGAGAAAGAUACACGCCGGGAAACCGGGCUGCUUGUGCGUUCAUUUCAUUGGCAUUUGUGUACUCGACUGUCUUUUCCGCUAUUUUCGAGAACUCGAUUCCUGCUGGAAAUGACAUUGCAGCUUUACUGCCUCGCUACAUAACCGUUAAGCGUGGCUUCUUUAUUUGUGCUAUUCUCUCCUACGCUAUCUGUCCAUGGUAUCUCCUUGCCACAGCGGCCGUAUUCAUCAACUUUCUCUCUUCCUAUCAGAUAUUUCUCUCUGCUAUCGCUGGGGUUUUGAUAUGCGACUACUACAUGAUUCGAAGAGGAUGGCUCGACAUUCCGGCUUUAUAUACAUCGCGCACCGAUGGCGUCUACUAUUUCUUCCACGGAUUCAAUUUACGCGGAUUCGGUGCCUAUCUUGUAGCAGUUGCGCCAAACUUCUAUGGUUUUUUGCACGAGAUGGGCGUCAAGGCACCUUUGGGAAUACAGCGGUUUUACUUUGUCGCGUACCCUGUCGGCCUUCUCAUUGCAUUCGGGAUGUAUUAUCUCGCAUGCCUGGCGUGGCCUCCCGCUAAGAUGGAAAAGACAAGCGGGUGGAAGGAGCCCAAGGAGUACUGGGACGAAUUCGAUCCUGAUCGAAUGGACGGGGUUGAGGCGGUGACCGUGCUACCCGUGGCCGUCAAAGAUGAGAAUGGUGCAAAGACUGCGUUAGACGCUCCAUGCAAAGUUUGA